AUGCGCUACAGUGGAGCCACAACGACGGAAGAAGAAGAAGGUUUCCCGGCUUGCAUUGCAGCUGUUGUGUCCGACAUUACCGAACAGAGCAUGUCGACUGUGUCCGGGAUGAGCCUGAAGACGAUCCUCUCCUCCACCGCGCUGAUCGGCGCCCUGGGGCUGGGCUACGGCAUGUGGUCGGUCAUAUCUCCGGGCGAAGAGAGGCGGAGAGAGAUGAUGAAGAAUCUCCCCGAAUCCAACCCCAUGAGAAUGGAGGAGACGAGGCAGAGGAACGCUAUGGUGAUGCAGGUGCUAAAGGAGGCGGCUGAAACCACGGACAAUCUCGCCAGAGGAGCUAGUGGACCUUCAAGAUAG